AGGUGAAGUGUCUUCGCAAAAUAUUAUUGAUUUUCUUCAACAAUAGGAUCACAGGACAAAGGAGGCGCUUAGCAUGAAACGAGUGUACGUUUAUAGAAAUAAAUCCGAACAAAAUGGAAAAGUUGUGGCCUUGGAAGACACGAUGGAAACGUUAAAAUCGCAAAUAUCAAAACAUUUUGAAGAAAGUGUAGAAAAUCUGAGAUUAUAUUCCAGAAACGGCUGUGAAAUUGACGAUGUGAGAGUAAUAAGAGAUGAGGAGAAGAUUUAUCUGAACAUAAACGAUGAUGCGGACUCGAAAAGUUGUGAUAAUUUAACUCAAUCCAUACAGAAUCUGGAUUUGAGUAACAGUAGCAAACAGAGUCAACCUGUGACUGAUUGGAUUACUUUGAAUGUUGGUGGCAAACAUUUUACGACUUCUAGGUCUACCUUGCUGGCUAAGGAACCCAUGUCAAUGUUGGCCAGAAUGUUUGCUGAUGAAAACAAUAUGUACUUAAUGACUCCAAGUGCUACAGACUCUGUGGGCGCGUACUUGAUAGACAGGAGCCCAGAAUAUUUUGAACCUAUUCUAAAUUAUUUGAGACAUGGAGAUGUGAUAUUAGAUAAGAAUGUUAACCCAAAAGGUGUGAUGGAAGAGGCUGUGUUUUAUGGUAUAGAUUCAAUGAUACCGCAGCUAAGUAUACUGAUAGAACAAUCAAAGAGUGCAUGUGGUAUCAAUCAUGCGCUGACCCGCAUGGAUGUUGUUCGUUCCAUUAUAAUGACUCCUACCACAUGGGAGUUGAGAUUCCAAGGAGUAAACCUGUCCGAAGCGGAUCUCAACAGAUUGGACCUUCGAUAUAUAAACUUUAAGUAUGCAUGUUUAUCCCGUUGUAACUUGAGCGGCGCUAAUUUGUCACACUGUUGUCUGGAGCGCGCCGACUUGUCGCAUGCAAACCUGGAAGGUGCUCAGCUGUUGGGAAUUAAAGCUUCAUGUGCUAAUAUGGAAGGUGCAAACUUAAAAGGUUGUAACAUGGAAGAUCCUGUUGGAUCAACGACUGUGAUGGAAGGUGUCAACUUAAAAGGCGCCAAUUUAGAAGGAAGCAACAUGGCGGGUGUCAAUUUACGGGUGGCAACAUUGAAAAAUGCCAACCUACAAAAUUGUGAUCUCAGAGAUGCUGUGCUCGCUGGGGCGGAUUUAGAGUGUUGUGAUUUAUCAGGCAGUGAUCUUCAUAAAGCGAAUCUCCGUGGUGCCAACCUGAAGGACGCGGCUUUUGAGUUGAUGCUUACCCCACUUCACAUGUCCCAAACUAUAAGAUGAUAAUUAAUUAAUUAACAAUAUUAAUAUAUUACUCGUUUAAUAAAUAUUGCUAUU